GGCAACCAGAUAAAAUAGGUUGGGCAUUUGGAUUGGGUUUGGAACGCAUAGCAAUGGUGUUAUUUAAUAUACCAGAUAUACGUCUCUUUUGGUCGAAGGAUCCGCGAUUUCUCAACCAAUUUACUUCUAAUGAAAUUAUUAAAUUUAAACCAUUCUCAAAAUAUCCUUCAUGUAUUAAGGAUCUAAGUUUUUGGAUGAAUAAUGACAAGGAACAUGAAUUUCACAUAACUAAUUUUUGUGAAAUAGUAAGGGACAUCGCCGAAGACUUAGUUGAAGAUGUAAAAUUGAUCGAUGAUUUUAAGCAUCCUAAAACAAAAAAGAGAAGUUUAUGUUUUAGAAUUAAUUACAGGUCUAUGGAUAGAACUUUUACCAACGAAGAAAUCAACGGAAUAAGAAAGUCGGUCGUUGAGAAAUUGGAC